AUGGGUGAAUGUACCAAGGAGAUGGCCUUUGAGCUACUCGACACCUACUACGAGCUGGGUGGUAACUUCAUACCGCACCAGCCCGUUCUGAAAGAUAGACUGGCCAACAGAAACGAAGAGCGUACCGCCGAGAUUCUGGAAGAAGAACACAGCCGCAGAGCCGAUGGGGAUGAUCGGGAGCAGGUUAAUUCCCGAUUCGGUGGCCGACGAGUUCUUGACACUCUGGAAGAAGAUGGGAAGGUAAUACAUGAGCAGGAAGAAGGCGCCGCCAAAGAAGAGCACCAAGGAGCAUAUGGCGGCCACUGUUCGCUUUUUCAUGAUUCGCGGUGGCAGGGUGGCUUUGUCGCCGAACCAGACUUGGGAGAUGAUAAAAAGGAUGGCGAUCAGGCCGAAGCCGAUGAAGAGGCCAAUGAUGCGGGAGCUGUUCCAGGGGACCUCUUCCCAUCUGUCCAUCUCGUUCCCAAGCCGGAGGAAAGCAUUGUGUACUAUACGCCUCGUCUAGAAACCUCGAAGAGAAUGGCUGAGAAUCUGCCCCCGAUGGAAUACCGCUUUCUGGGAAAGACCGGCCUCAAGGUCUCGGUCAUUUCGCUCGGAGGGUGGCUGACUUACGGCGGGCUCGUGGACGAUGAAAGAACCUAUGCGUGCAUGAAAGCCGCUUACGAUGCCGGAAUUAAUUUCUUUGACACGGCCGAGGGGUACGAGGGCGGCGCAUCCGAGAUCGUCAUGGGCAAGGCAAUCAAGAAGUUUGGCUGGAAGCAGCAGGACUUGGGUUAUUUCGACCAAGCUUGUGUUAUGAUGCUUAUGGGAUUCCACAGAUUUACUUUGGCCAUGCCAAUGCCCGGGACCCCCAGAAUCCUCUCAACAACAGAGGUCUCUCCCGUAAGCACGUCUGGAGGGUCUCAACCUGUCCCUGAAACGACUGGACCUGCCGAAAUCGUCCGGGCAUUCAACCAUGUCAUUGACCAAGGCAAGGCCUUUUACUGGGGCACCUCGGAAUGGUCCGCCAGUGAGAUCGCCGAGGCCUGGCGCGUAGCGGAUAAGCUGGGCCUGAUCGGGCCUGUUGUCGAGCAGCCUCAGUGCAACUUGCUUGUGCGCGACCGGGUUGAGAAUGAAUACCGCUGGCUGUACGCCGAGCACAGCCUCGGCCUGACAGUGUUCUCGCCCCUGAAGCAAGGCAUCCUGACUGGCAAGUACAACGAUGUCGAGGCGCCGCCGCCGGGGUCACGCCUGGCCGAGGGCGACGGCAAGAACGAAUUCAUUACCAACUUUGCCAAGACGUUUGGCAACGAGACGUGGCAAAGGGACCUGGCAGUAGUGGCCAAUCUCAAGCCUAUCGCCGAGGAGCUGAACGCCACUCUUGCCCAGCUAGCUCUUGCAUGGGCACUCAAGAAUCCAAAUGUGUCUUCGCUGAUCACUGGUGCCUCGCGGCCCGAGCAAAUUUACGAGAACGUCAAGGCUCUGGAGGUUGCGAAGCGACUGACCCCCGAGAUUCUGGAGAGGAUCGAGCAGGUUGCCCAGACGGCACCCAAGCAAGAGCCACUACGCUUCUAG